UAGGAGACAGAAACAAAUCGAGGAAAUAUUUAGGUUAAUAUCUUCUGGUUAUCACUUGUCACCACCGGUGAGUUGGGAAUCAGUUGGCUCUGAAAACAAUGUCUGUCUACACCUGGUCCGAAAUCGUGCUGGCUGUUGCUUUCUGUGCAGCGGUAGCCUUGAUUACAGUGAUUUGUAUCCGCUGCCAGAGGAACGCCAGGGCACGUGUGGAAGCCAAAAGUUCCGAUACAGAAAAAGCCAGUAUCCGGUCAUCUGCAGAUUCAGGCGACGAACAGCAGCACUACAAGGAAGAAGCAGAAGUCAUCAACGAACUUCCGGCCUCAGUAGAUCGGACUGAAAUACACGGAAAUAAAGAAACUACUGACAUUCAAACUGACCCGAUAAACGACUCAGUUAAACCUUUGAAAACUCAGAUGGAUGGGUCUGUAGGUGUUUCCAAAUGGACAGAUUCAGUCAUUUCUGAUGGGGUAGAACUAUUACCACCGGUAUGCGGAUCACUUGACCAAUUAAGAAAGUCUUAUGCAUAUAUCUGCACCUAUCCGAGGGUAAGGCCCUCCUCAGCAGCUGCUGAAGCAGGGAUUGGAAGUGACAGCUUGAAGUCUGAUGUCUUCUUCGAUGCUGCGUCUUCUAAUUCAGGUGAGUUGGGAACGUUAGCCAAGUGGAUACUCGACAUACAGAAGAUGAGUGCAGGUUCUGCAGGAAAAGAAAUAGCGAAAUCAUAUGACGCCAGCAGUGAAGACAGCUUCACCACUGCCGUCGAGACGUCUGAAGAGACUGAUGAGGAAUGGGAUUUGAGACCUGUUAAUGAGAAGCCACCGAAAAAACGACGAGUGUCUAGGAAAGCAAGAUCGUUACAUCUUGCCAGUUCACACAAUAAGAACAUGCGAGAUAAGACAAAGAAGAAUGCCACAUGGGGUACUAGCAAACAAAUUCAAGAAGGUGCUCCGUGUAGUUCUUCCUCCGCAGGUUACAAGUCUGGAAGUUCUCAUGAUCUUGAAGUGGAAGCCUCGUGUGAGACUGAACAUGAACCAUCAGCUGACUAUGAUCCCAUCUACAAAAACUAUUCCGGAAUCAUAUCUGAAGCACGUCGUCAAGAUGCUUAUGAAAAUUACCCCGAAGAAACAGAACCGCUCACAGGGACCGAGAGUCUUCAAGAGAGGGAAGACCCAUCAACCCCUUUUGUUAGCAGCUUAGUACUAAGGGAUGGUAUAUUCGUUAGAUCGGGAUCAAGUUCAAGUAUUGGUAUAUCGCCACCUCCUAGAUCAGGUUCUUGUCGAGACAUCCUGCUGAGGGAACCUGGAGUCGAUGGUGCCAAGAGAAAGCCCCCACUGAAACCUGCAAGGCAUUUGUCACACAGUAUAUCUCCUCGAGGAGCACAACCCCCAACCGUUGUAGUCUCCCCGUAGAUCCCAGAUCAUGUAAUAUCCCUCCCCCUAAGCCUUGUUCAAACGAUGUACAGUAUGUAAACUUCAGGGGUAGUCUGAAGAGGUAGGAACGCCCUAAGGGGUUUGUUAAUAGAAAUUAUAAUAGUUUAAGCAUGCUUGUAUGUUGUAUGCUUAACAUUUCCAGCUUUCCGUUCACGAUAACUUUGUUAUACCAUUGUCUGUGGUAACGUAUGCUAAAGAGGAACUAUGCUUAACGUUCGUCUGUCAAUUUCCAGCUCAGCUUUAUACGUACUUAUUACAGUAUCUCAAACUGAACAUUUUAGUAAUAUUUACUUGUAGAGAGCUACACAUAAAUAUGUUUGUGUUGACAGACAGUGGGAUUUGAAUGACUUGAAUCAAACUUGUACGUACAUGAAAACUGAACCAAGUGCAACCCCUCUUUAGUGAUUCUCUCAAUACCUACACAAGCUUCCGUAGGGAGUCUGGGUCAGAGUAAGUCCCAAGCAAACCGUGCCUGCCGUCAUUUAAUUGGAUGAUCUGGCUCGGUGACGUGUUUGAUUGCGUGUUUUUGGACCCACACGGAGUGGAUCUUUCACGAUCACCAAACACAUACGCCGUAAUGUAGCUGGAAUAUUGCUGGAUGUGGCUUUAAGCACAGACACAGAUAGACAGACACACCCAUUCACGCGUUUCCGCAAACGCACACGCACACGCAUACGAAAGUUUAGGAUUAGGAACACUUGUUUAAUUCCAGCCAGACCUGCACAGAAGAAGAAAGGAUGGAGUUUAUGUGUGUUUAGGGCUGAAGUAAGUAUCCGCCGCUAAUCCAUGACAUUGUUGUACCAAUCCAGAUACUGGAAGACUGCGCUCCAAGGGAAGCAUAUUUUGGGAAGAGUGUCUCAACCAAUAAGAUGACUAGCCCACCGAAGUGUAAUUACCAACUGACAUUCUGCAGUUGUUACCAGAAGAUACGAAAACAAUGUCUACACCUACAGUGGACAUAACCUAACGCUUUAUAGAAUUACUGUUCAGCUGCGGUUGGAUUUCUUGGAGCAUGUGGCGAUUGUGUAUGAAAAGUUUAUGGAGACCCAUGUGUACAAUCUCAUCACAUGGUCUAUGGAAAUCCAUAUGUACAAUCCCCUGUCAGAUGUAUCGGGGACAUCGACAUGUUGACAAGAGCUAUUGUUGAAAUUAUACGGACAUUCGACACCCAAGGAUAAUUUCCUUGUCUCACUUGCUCUCGUGCCAUCUAGCCGACGUAAUGCCUGGUGAACUGAAAGUACACGACUAUUUUGAUAUGAUGUGCCGGAACAUCGCUGUUUCACUUGUGUAUGUAUACGCCGCCAUCAUAUGGCUGGGGGUUUGUCGACCGGUCCGUCAUUCAUCAUUCAUGCAUUAUGAAAAUACGCAAAUAAUAAACAAAUUGCCGGAUACUUCCUCGUCUCAGGUAUCACAAGUACAUGACUCAUCUUAAUCGGACACGGAGAGACAACGAAUGUCCGAGCAAUAAAUACCAUCAUUGUGUUUUCAAAGUGUUUGACCUUUGUACCAUAGCCAUUCUGUGAAGAGCCUUGUGUUUAUUGUGUAUGAGACGUGAUGCAUUACUGAAUCAAUAUGCUGUGUUUUUACAUGUCAGCUACACUUACGAUCACACCUAUGUCAGUGGUGCGCGCAGUGGUGCUUCCCUUAGAUAUACUAGGAUGCAGCAACCGAGCUUUUUAUCACCAAAUAGUCAUCCUUAUUGACUUUCUUAACUUGGUAAGCCUUUGACAUCUGCAUCACUUAGAGCUUUACAGACCCAUCACUCACAUUCAUUAGAUAUAGACUUGUAUUUUAGAUUGUAUACCGUGUAUGGAACAUGAGUAAAUCUUUGAGGCUGUUUCGAGAAAUACAUUUUGAAAUGAGUAAAGUCUCCAUGUACAUUUAAUACAA